CCCAAAAGAAACAUAUAUAAAACCCAAAUGAAACAGUCUAGGGUUUCAAUUCAUCUGUAUAAAACCCUAGCAUCUCUUACUGCCUCCACACUUCUUCCUUUGUGAGGGAGGUAUAGAUCCGCAGCAACAUUUCUCCAAACCCUGAAAAUGGUGAAGUAUUCCAAGGAACCCGAUAAUCCUACUAAAUCUUGCAAGGCAAGAGGUUCAGAUCUUCGUGUCCAUUUCAAGAACACAAGGGAAACUGCAUUUGCAAUUAGAAAGCUGCCUUUGAACAAGGCAAAAAGAUACCUUGAGGAUGUACUAGCUCACAAGCAGGCUAUUCCUUUCCGUCGCUUCUGUGGUGGUGUUGGUAGGACUGCUCAAGCCAAGAACAGGCACUCUAAUGGCCAAGGUCGCUGGCCAGUGAAGUCUGCAAAAUUCAUUCUUGACUUGCUUAAGAAUGCUGAAAGCAAUGCAGAGAUGAAGGGUUUGGAUGUUGAUUCACUCUACAUUUCUCACAUUCAAGUUAAUCAGGCCCAAAAGCAAAGGCGUCGUACUUACCGUGCUCAUGGGCGUAUCAACCCUUACAUGUCUCAUCCAUGCCACAUUGAGUUGACUUUGUCCGAGAAAGAAGAGGCUGUUAGGAAGGAGCCCGAAACACAAUUGGCUGCCAGCAAAUAGAGGUGACAAGCUAUUUUUAUGUCUCAAGCAUCUUAGUUGUAGCCUGGAAACAAGUUUUGGCAUACUAUCAAUUUGUGUUUUGAUCUUUGUUUUGUAGACUAAGAUUUUUCCAUCUAUAUUGCACUUCAUGGAGACCUGAAAUGUUACGUUUUAUCGAAGAAAUUAAUCAUGGAGUUUGUGUUAAA